AUGGACGCCGUCGAGUACGAUCCAAUCACACACCUCAAUGCCCUCUUCGGCCACCCGUCAACCCUCGAUCAAGCAGCCGCCGUAUCACAACAGGUCCACCGACAUCAAAAUGAACUCGACCAACACAUGCGCCGCAUGGUCGCGCGACAGGCCGAAAGCGAUGCCGACAGUGUGCGACGCAUCACACAAGCAAAGGAAGAGCUAGGGGAACUGUUCGGCCGCAUCGACAGAGUUCGCGCAAGAGCAAUGGAUACAGAAAGAGACAUUACAGACAUGACGGCAGACAUCAAGCGUCUCGAUCAAACAAAGCGGAAUUUGACUCUGUCCAUGACGGCUCUCAAGCGCUUGCAAAUGUUGACGACAGCUUAUGAGCAGUUGCGUGUGCUUGCCUCGACUCGUCAAUACCGUGAUUGUGCUCAUCUGGUGUCUGCUGUCGUGCAGCUCAUGGCACACUUCAAAGCAUAUCGCAGUAUUGACCAGAUUGCUCAACUCAGCAAGAAUGUCGCUGAUCUACAGCGGCUAUUGCUUGACCAGAUCUGUGAGGACUUUGAACUCGCCUUUGCAAGAGAAUCCGUCGCUUCGAGCCGCAAUAUGCUGGCUGAUGCUUGUCAUGUCAUGGAUGCUUUGGGUGAUCAUGCUCGCGCUCGUCUGACCACCUGGUAUUGUAACACCAUGUUGCGAGAGUAUCGUCAGGUCUUCAGAUCUUCAGAUGAAGCUGCCUCGCUCGACAACAUCUCUCGCCGCUACUCGUGGUUCAACAGAAUGCUCAAAACACAUGACUCUGACCAUGCUUCACUCUUUCCACCUACAUGGCGUGUGGAUGAGAUGUUGGCCAAUGCCUUUUGCGAGACGACGAGGGAAGACUACAAGCAGAUCCUACAACGUUCCAUGCGCCGUGCAGAUGGUCAGCCGCCAGAUGUCAAUCUACUACUAUCAUGCUUGCAAGAAACGUUGGACUUUGAGCACUCCCUCGAGCGUCGCUUCUCUGCUGCCGAGUCACGUUCAUCCAUGGAUACAUUAGACGAGAAGCCUCGUGCUUUCAGUCAAGCCAUCUCGGAGGCUUUCGAACCAUAUCUCAGCUUGUGGGUCGAGUCUCAGGACAAGCAGCUGGCUCUUCUUAUUCCAAAAUACCGCUUGCAACCUAUCCGCAAUGAGGAAGAUGAGUUCCAUGCGCAUACCGUCAUGCCAUCGUCGACUGAGCUCUUCCACUCAUAUCGGAUCACUUUUGCUCAGUGUGCAAAACUUUCCACUGGAUCACGGCUUCUCGACCUGUCAAAGACUUUUGCCAAAUAUCUCGAUGUAUAUUGCCAGCAAGUCUUGUUACAUGCCCUGUCUGAGCGGUCACCAUCAGUUGAGGAUAUAGUCACCGUCCUGAAUACUGCAGACUACUGCUAUCAAACCACAAACCAGCUAGAGGAGCGUAUAAAGUCACGAAUAGACGCCGAUCUUCGCCCUCAAGUGGAUCUGCAAUCUCAAGCCGACUCAUUCAUGGGCAUCGCAUCAGCAUCCGUCAAGUCUCUGGUCAGAAGAGUAGAACUCGACUGCGACGCACCCUGGAGAGAAAUGCGUAAUGUCCCCUGGAGCAAAAUGGACAACGUAGGUGAUCAAAGCACCUACGUCGCUCCACUGGUCAAGCAAGUCAAGCAAAAAACCUCCGAAGUCCUCAAUUACCUCGAAAAACCACAAUACGGUCGCGCCUUUUGCGAUAACUUGGUGGAUGCUCUCGCCAGCUCUCUGCUCACAAACUUGGUGGUCUGUCGUCCCAUCUCGGAAACAGGCGCUGAACAAAUGCUUCUCGACUCGUAUGUUCUCAAAAAGUCAUUUACAGAUCUCAGCACCGUCAAUGCCGAGCCAGACACACAGCCAAAUCCAAAUUUCAUCAAAAGAGUCAAUCAAAGUAUGGCGAAAAUGGAUCCUCUGCUCAAGACUUUACAAGUCCGCUCUUCUCCCCCCGAAGGACUUGUACAGGCUUAUCUCAUACACAUCCAAGAUCGAAACGAGCAAAACUUCCGAAAACUGCUAGAACUCAAGGGCAUCUCUCGGAAACAAGAACAAGCACAUUUGGUGGAAUUGUUCAAUGCGCAUAAAGCUUCUCCGUCGAACGAAAGCCUUCAAGCUUCUAAUCCGCUGAUUGCGAAUAUUUCUCUCCAAGCUUCUGCAGCGAAUACUUUGGGUAUUGCAGCGCUCAAGGAUUCGGCGGCUUCACAUUCUACUCCUGUUUUGGCAUCUACGACUCGUUUUGACCCUUCGACUUUUGGCUCGGCGCUUAUGAAUGCGGCGAGAGAUGGUGUGGAUAGAUUUGGGUCUCCUGCGCUUGGAGGUGGUGGAGGUGCAGGUGUAGGUGGAGGAUCACCGGCAUCGGGUGUUGUGGCUAGUAGGGCUAUUAGUCCGCCGCCGAUGGGUGCAUUGGGUCUAGGUGCUGAGAGUGCUCAUGCCAGUAUUAAUGAGAACUUGAAGAAUAUUGGUAAGUUCUUUAAGAGGGAUGCUAGUAGUGGGUUUGGUGGGUUUGGGAAAAGGACAGAGGAAGGGAGAGGGAGUAUGGAUAAGAGGUAG